AUGGCGAGUUUCACCAGCUCCAACAGUGUAAUAUGGUGCAUUUCUUUUGAUGCGUGCCCCACAAGGAGUACAGUAUAUAGGUGGAGGUUCAAACGAAAGCUUCUCAACUGCACACAACUGGCAAGAAUUUUCAUUCAUCGAAUGCUCCAUUGCUUGAUUUCUCUCCGCCUUUGCUCUACUCUGCGAAAUAAACAAAAUGCAAGUGGCAUCAGCAGGAGCAAGUUUGCAAUUCAGAGCAAGCAGAAUAGUGUCAUAAAUAUCAAACUUAACGGCCUCCUGAACACCAACUGCAGCAGGAUUAUUUGGAGCAAUGGGAUCGACUUCUGUACUCAGCGCUCAAAGAAGGAAGAGUAUCAUGAUGCUGCUCCAUAUGACGAGAAUCCAUUGCAACAGAAAAUCCACUCUCUGAGACAAGAGAUUGGGAACCUUGUUCAAUUUUGUAUCCUGAGGAUCCAAAGAUCCAUCUACCGAACUAGGCAUCCCGGAAUUAAAAUCAGAACGCGCAAGCUGCUUCAGCUGCGCCUGCACGAAAUUCUUAACGGGAACACAAACAGGGCAGCUCUCGUCCCUACAACGCCUUUGUUGUCGGGGCAUUUCCCUUCUGGGGCGGGGCACCGACGGGCAUGCCUUAGAAACAACAGCCAUCUCUGUUGGUUUUUGAACUGCUUUUCCCGGAUGGCUGUGCCAAAAGCUGAGAAGCCCCAGGAAGCUCUUCCAGAGAGCAAUGUUGGUACUGGUUCUUCAUGUCGGGUAAACUGA